AGUAAUGUCAGCAGCAGCAGCAGUAAUGUCAGCAGCAGCAGCAGUAAUGUCAGCAGCAGCAGCAGUAAUGUCAGCAGCAGCAGCGUCAGCAUCAGCAGCAGCAGUAAUAUCAGCAUCAGCAGCAGUAAUGUCAGCAGCAGCAGUAAUGUCAGCAGCAGCAGCAUCAUUGAUGGCAGCAGCAGCAGCAGUAAUGUCAACAGCAGAAGCAGUAAUGUCAGCAGCAGCAGUAAUGUCAGCAGCAGCAGCAGUAAUGUCAGCAGCAGCAGCAGUAAUAUCAGCAGCAGCAGCAGUAAUGUCAGCAGCAGCAGCAACAGCAGCAGUAAUGUCAGCAGCAGCAAUGUCAGCAGCAGCAGCAGCAACAGCAGCAGUAAUGUCAGCAGCAGUAAUGUCAGUAUCAGCAGCAGUAAAGUCAGCAGCAGCAGCAGUAAUGUCAGCAUCAGCAGCAGUAAAGUCAGCAGCAGUAAUAGAAACCAACGCUCUAUGUCCAGGGGCAACCUGGCCAGCCAGAUGAGCUUGAGAUAUAAGGAAAUAAAUGUUCAGUGUGAGAGUCGUGAACACUUACAAGAACUGGAGCAGGUGGUGGUGGAGGCCAGCACAGUCCACAGCAGCAGGACACCACAAAAUCCUAGGAAACUAUGGAUAGAGUGGCUCCGCAUACUGGGGUCUUAA